AGAAACUGUUGAAGAACAAAUAGUAGAUGUUACCCCAGUGGAGGUUUCUAUGCAGACUUUCUAUUGUGGAGGAGCUGCUAACUCCUUGGUUGUCAAAGACAAGGUGCACAAAGCCAUAUUGUACAUCCUAGUGGAUACAGGUUAGGGAGGACGUGAAUAUAUAUAAUCAGAGGUUGAUCAAGGACCGAGUGAUCCAAGCGUGUUGUACGAC